GCAUAGUUAGGAAUUGAGUUUUUCUCUCAGUAAACCAGAAUACACAAAACAAAUAUGAAUGCUGAUGACUUUGUUAAAAUUUGCCUACCUGUAUUCAUUGGAUUCAGUCUACGUUCAUGUAUUAGUCUACACUCUUAUUCUGGUGAAGGUAAACCGCCUAUGUAUGGUGAUUAUGAAGCUCAACGUCAUUGGAUGGAAAUCACUGUUAACCUACCUUACACUGAAUGGUAUAAAAAUUCGACGCAGAAUGAUUUGUAUUAUUGGGGUUUAGAUUAUCCACCAAUUACUGCAUAUCAUAGUUGGUUAAUGGGUAAAAUAGCUGGUCAAAUAAAUCCUAAUUGGAUCGAGUUGUAUACGUCAAGAGGUUUUGAAUCAAAGGAGCAUAAGCUGUUUAUGCGAUAUACUGUGUUAAUAGCUGAUUUAGUCUUUUUUACACCAUUUGUACUGAUGUAUUUCUAUUAUGUUUUACCUAAGAUUAUCAAAGACAACAAUAUAAUACAGCAUAUUAGUGGAUUUUAUUCAGUAUGUCUAAUGUUAACCUAUCCUGGCAUUAUACUAAUUGAUCAUGGACACUUUCAGUAUAAUUGUAUCAGUCUUGGUUUAUAUAUGGCUAGUGUAAAUAUGCUACUUUUAAAAUGGGAUGUUUUCGGUUCUGUGUUAUUUUGUUUAGCCUUAGGCUACAAGCAAAUGGAAUUAUAUCAUGCAUUGCCAAUUUUCUUUUAUUUAUUAGGCAACUGCAUACAUAAAAAAUCGAUCCAUCAUAGUUUAACACAUUUAAUCAAGUUAAGUUUGACAGUUUUAUUAACAAUGUCGAUAAUUUUUGCUCCAUUUCUUAUAAUGGCUGAUCAAAAUGUCUUAUAUCAAGUUAUCCGUCGUUUAUUUCCAUUGAACCGUGGUAUUUAUGAAGACAAAGUGUCCAACUUCUGGUGUGCUACAUCCCCAUUGAUAAAAUGGCGGUCAUUAUUUACUGUUUCCUCCCCAUCACCAUCAUCAUCAUCAUCAGUAUCCUCGAAAAAACUUGUAUGGAUUAGUAUCCUACUUGUGUCAGUCACAUGUCUUCCAUCUUGUUUAGCUUUGUUAAAGAAACUGAACCAACAAAAGUUUUUAGUUUCACUAACUGUAUGUGCACUAAGUUUCUACUUUUUUUCGUUUCAAGUUCAUGAGAAAUCCAUUCUGUUAGUUUCUAUUCCCAGUUUAUUUCUGCUGCCUAUUUACCCGACAUCAUCUUUUCUGUUUUCUUUAUGCUCUACACUUAGUAUGUGGCCAUUAUUCAAGAAAGAUGGCUUGCAGUUAGCUAGUAUAUGCUCAGUAUGUGUUUACUUCAUUCUAGGUUGUUUCAUAAUAUUUAGAAAUGAUCAUCAUAGCCAACAUAAGAAAGAAGAUAAGACCUUACAAAAAAGCGAUAAACGUAGGAAUAAUAAAUACUCAUUAUAUGCCACCUUUCUCAUCCUUUUUGGCUAUAGUGUUUUAAUUCUUGGUGAUCUAGUUGUCAUACCACCUAAGGCAUACCCAGACUUAUUCCCGUUAUUGUUUUCAAUGUAUUCAUUUGCGUUGUUCUUUAUAUUUUACCUUUAUUGGCAAUGGAGAGUUAUUUUUGUUUGAAGAAGUUUUGUCAUUUCUUAUUUCUACUUUUUUUGUAAGGAAAUAAAUUGAUGUUUUGUGUGGGGUGUUUUC